GAGCCGAAGUGGGCCCUGAAGAGGGGAGUGGAGGGGCAGCAGGAGGGCGGGCGCAAGAAGCUGCUGACGGAGCUCGGAGGCGACGUCGGCGGCGGCAACAAGACGCAGAUGCUGGAGAGAAUGGUCAAGGUGCUGGCGGCCCUGGCACUGACGCAGGCGGCGGAGCUCAGGGACCUGAUCGCCGCCGUGUACUUGACCUUUUUGAUCCCUGCGGCGUCGACCAUCGCGAAGGCGAUGAAGGAGGCGGGCAGGGACUACCACGCGCAGGCCAUGAUCAAGGCGGCGUACAGUGUCCAGGGCCUCUCGGAGGGGAGUCGCAAAGUCAUCGAGAAUUUUUGGAAGCAGCACGUCCUGCAGAGAGAGCUUCACGACCUGGCAGAGCAGAUCCGUCAUUGCCGCAUCAAAGACACGCGCAAGAAGGAGAGCCAGGCGGAGGUCAUGCGUAUCACGAUUUGUUUCAGCACGCAGUGGACGGAGCUGCAGGACGCAGUGUUGGAGGCGCUGAAGAAAGAGAAUGGCGUUCUGAAGGUGGGGCCGCCUCCUCGUGGGCCACUCGAGAGAGAGGCGUCGAAGCUGCUGGAGGAGCUCAACAAAAUGUGA